AUGGCUACCAUCCUUGCUGGGUCACUUCCCUGGCAUGAUGGCGAGAGGAAGAUGCAGACUUUGCUCAAAGUUCCGUUUAAACCCAAUCCAACUGUGCCUUAUCUCUAUCCUGGAGCCGCAUUCCUGGUACAGAGGUCUCCUUUAAUGGCCUUGGGCACCAUAGACGAGGAAGGCCGACCAUGGGCGACUGUGUGGGGAGGAGAGCCUGGCUUUGCCGCCCCUGCUUCGCAGUCUACUGUCGAUAUUAAAACUCCAGUGGAUAGUCGAUAUGAUCCUGUCGCAGAGUUGCUACUAAGAGGCUCCACGAAAGAGGACAAUGUUUCCGCAGAGACCGCUGGCCAGCCUAUCGCCGGGUUGGCGAUCGAUCUGGAGACUCGUAAAAGGGCGAAACUUCAUGGAAGGAAGAUAGCUGGAUCACUGGACACUGAUAGCCUUGAAUCGGGUGGAGAUUGCCAAGGUCAAAGAGAAAGAGGAAUGGCGCACCUUUCUGUGUUCAUCCAGGGAUGUCUCGGCAACUGUCCCAAAUACCUGAAUAAGAAGAAGAUAAUCCCAGCUCUACCUGAUUCGAAACUGAUUUCUGACACUCCCCAGCUACCACCAGCUGCAGUUGAACUACUCAACCGAGUGGACUGCCUAUUUGUCGCCUCGACUCAUGGUACUGAAGACAUGGACAUCAAUUUCCGCGGUGGGCCUCCAGGCUUUGUACGACUAAUGAGCAACGGACCUAAUGGUUCUGUUUUUGUAUAUCCUGAGUAUUCUGGCAAUAGAUUAUACCAGACUCUGGGUAACUUUCAGAUGACUCCUCUCGCAGGAUACGUUUUCCCAGACUUUGACACAGGAAACGCGCUCUAUGUCACAGGGACAACUGAGAUCUUGAUUGGCAAGAAUGCGGCUGCUCUGCUUCCACGAUCAAACCUAGCUGUCAAAGUGACAGUCACCUCCGCUCGCUUCGUCGAGAAGUCACUCGCCUUCAGAGGAAUUGCAGGCGCGCCCUCUCCAUACACCCCAAGUGUACGUUACCUGGCCACAGAAAGGGUCAACCGGGUCGCUCAGUUAAGUGAUGAUGUUUCUGUCACGGCUACCAUGAUUGCAAAGAAGAUUCUUACUCCGAGCAUCGGUCGGUUUCGGUUUCGGAUCUCUGAUCCAUCCAAAAUCGGGACCUGGGUUCCUGGCCAGUAUGCCAGCUUCUCGUUUCAGGAGGAGUUGGACCUGGGCUAUUGCCAUAUGCUCGAUGACGACCCUUUGAGUCUGAAUGAUGAUUAUGUCAGGACAUUCACUAUUUCAUCGUAUCCAGGGCAUGGACUGGCAGCGGAUGAAUUUGAAAUCACUGUUCGCAAGCACGGCAACGUAACCAGCCACCUCUUCAGGACCAACGAACGCGCCGGUUUAGAGGUCCCUCUCAAAGGCUUUGGUGGCGACUUUAGGCUAGACGAUGAAGGAUGUGACUGCACAAUUCCAGUUAUAGCAGGCGGAAUUGGUAUCACGCCAGUCAUUGCACAGCUGCCAGGCAUCGAUGUUUCGCGCCUACACCUCCUGUGGUCCAUUUCUAUGGCCGAUGUUGGGCUUGUCGUCGACACAUUCCAGCGCUUCCCUCAACUGCCAGGCUCAACCACUCUAUUUCUCACAGGACCUAAGCCAAAAGAUGAGCAGGGCUCUCAGCAACUUGAAGGCAUUAUAUCAUCCGGGGCAAGAAUCGAGCAACGUAGGAUGGAGGCCGGAGACUUGGAUACGUCCUUAGGGGAUGCCUGGUAUUUCUGUGGGAGCUCUUCGCUCAAGGGCUCAGUCAUGACUUGGCUGGCAGGGAAACGAGUUAUAUACGAGGAUUUCACCUACUAG